CUCCCUGAGUCAGUGGGUCCGUGCCUGCGACGCUUUGGAGCUCCCCGCUCAACAACGGGAACAGUUGGACGCUUUCAUCGACCAGCUGUACAAGGACAUCGAGAAAGAGACAGGGGACUUCCUGAACUGCGAAGGCUCCGGCCUCUACACGCUCCAGAGCUGCUGCAACCACAGCUGUCUUCCCAACGCCGAGGCCUCCUUCCCGGAUAACAAUUUUGUCCUGCAUUUGACGGCCGUGGAGGACAUCCACCGGGGAGAGGAGAUCUGCAUCAGCUACCUGGACUGUUGCCAGAGAGAACGGAGCCGACACAGCCGGUGCAAAAUCCUACAGUGAGUAGUGAGG